UACAGACAAUUUUUUUUUCUUUGGACUUUGCUAGAGAGAGAUUGGUUCAUCAUUAUUACACAACUCAUACCUCAACUUUUGUGAAGGGCAAAGAAGAAAUGGAGAAUCAAAGCAAUGGAAACUCAGACUCUGUCUUCAAUAUUCCAACGGUCAAAUUCACUAAGCUGUUCAUCAAUGGCGAAUUUGUUGAUUCCAUCUCAGGUAAAACAUUUGAGACGAUAGAUCCAAGAAGUGGAGAGGUGAUAACAAGAGUUGCACAAGGAGACAAAGAAGACGUUGAUUUAGCGGUGGAGGCUGCUCGUCGAGCUUUCGACAGUGGCCCAUGGCCUCGCAUGCCCGGUGCUGCAAGGGGAAGGAUUAUGAUGAAAUUCGCAGAUCUAAUCGACGAACAUACCGAAGAAUUAGCGGCACUAGACAGCAUUGAUGCUGGAAAAUUAUUUAGUAUGGGAAAAGCUGUAGACAUACCGAAUGGAGCAAGCCUGUUAAGGUACUAUGGAGGUGCAGCGGAUAAAAUUCACGGAGAAGUUCUGAAAAUGUCGCGCGAGCUUCAAGGCUAUACGCUUCACGAACCCCUCGGUGUCGUAGGGCAUAUCAUCCCUUGGAACUUUCCUACGUCCAUGUUCUUCAUGAAAGUCGCUCCUUCGCUAGCUGCUGGUUGCACUAUGAUUGUCAAGCCUGCUGAGCAAACUCCCCUCUCAGCUCUCUUUUAUUCUCAUCUCGCCAAGCAGGCUGGUAUUCCCGACGGAGUAAUCAACGUUAUAACUGGAUUUGGACCGACUGCUGGUGCUGCUAUUGCUUCUCAUAUGGACAUUGAUAAAGUAAGUUUUACGGGAUCUACGGAAGUUGGGAGAAAAGUUAUGCAAGCUGCAGCAACGAGCAAUUUAAAACAAGUUUCGCUCGAAUUAGGAGGCAAAUCACCUCUACUAAUUUUUGAUGAUGCUGACAUUGAUGUAGCUGCUGAUCUUGCUCUCCUUGGCAUCCUUUUUAACAAGGGGGAAGUUUGUGUAGCAAGUUCAAGGGUGUUUGUCCAAGAAGGGAUUUAUGAUAAACUUGUUAUCAAGUUGGCUGAGAAAGUUAAAGAUUGGGUUGUUGGUGACCCUUUUCAUCCCAAUUCUCGCCAAGGUCCACAGGUAGAUAAGAAGCAAUUCGAAAAGAUUUUAUCAUACAUUGACGUUGGUAAGAGAGAAGGAGCUACUUUAUUAACCGGUGGAAAGUCUGUCGGAAAUAAGGGAUAUUAUAUCGAACCUACCAUUUUCACCGACGUUAAGGCUGACAUGAAGAUUGCAACUGAUGAAAUAUUUGGACCUGUAAUGUCAUUGAUGAAGUUCAAGACAAUUGAAGAGGGGAUCAAAUGUGCAAACAACACGAAAUACGGAUUGGCAGCCGGAAUAGUGACGAAGAAUUUGGACGUGGCGAACACGGUAUCGAGAUCGAUACGGGCGGGUAUUAUUUGGAUUAAUUGCUACUUUGGUUUUGAUAACGAUUGCCCUUUUGGAGGAUACAAAAUGAGUGGAUUUGGAAGAGAUCUUGGUUUGGAUGCUUUGCAUAAAUAUCUACAAGUCAAAUCUGUUGUCACUCCUAUUUACAACUCUCCUUGGCUGUGAACAUUUUGUGUUCUUUGGUUUGAAAUAAAUGGGCAUUUUACAAGUUUUUAUUUUUCAUUUGAUACAUAUUUAUGUGACUCCUCAAACUCUUUUUGUUGUACUCUUUGUAGUUUUGAAUCAAUAAAGAAAUUGGCACUGGUUUGUUGUUCAA